AUGUCGCUGUCCCACUUGUACCAGGACGGGGAAGGCCACAUGGAUGAUGACGAGAGGGAGAACUUUGAGAUCACUGACUGGGAUCUGCAGAAUGAGUUCAACCCCAACCGGCAGCGGCAUUGGCAGACCAAGGAAGAGGCCACCUACGGAGUGUGGGCAGAGCCAGACUCGGAUGAAGAGAGGCCCAGCUUAGGAGACAAAUGGGCCCGAGACUACUCCGCGCCAGUCACCUUCAUCAGUGCAGGCAUCAAGAAAGGGGCGGUGGAGGAGGCGGAGCUGGAAGAUUCUGACGAUGAAGAGAAACCUGUUAAACAGGGAAAAUUUCCUAAGGAUUUCUGGCCGAAGAAAUCAAAAAUGGGUGGCAAUUUUAAACCCAGCCAGAAAGGCUUUGCAGGAGGAACCAAGUCGUUCAUGGAUUUUGGCAGCUGGGAGAGACACACGAAAGGGAUAGGGCAGAAGCUCCUGCAGAAGAUGGGCUACGUCCCUGGGAGGGGCCUCGGCAAGAACGCGCAAGGUAUCAUUACGCCAAUCGAAGGCAAACAGAGAAAGGGAAGAGGUGCCGUGGGAGCGUAUGGCUCUGAGCUGACCACUCAGUCUCUGCAAGACUUCCCUGUGGUGGACUCGGAAGAGGAAGCGGAAGAGGAGUUUCAGAAGGAGCUGAGCCAGUGGAGGAAGGACCCCAGCGGGAGCAAGAAGAAGCCCAAGUACUCCUACAAGACGGUGGAGGAGCUGAAGGCCAAGGGCAGGACCAGCAAGAAGCUCACGGCUCCCCAGAAGGAGCUUUCGCAGGUCAAGGUCAUAGACAUGACGGGCCGGGAGCAGAAGGUCUACUACAGCUACAGCCCAGAUCAGCACAAGCACAACAUCCCCGACAAUGGGCUGCCACUGUCCCGCAAGGAGGCCAAGGUCCGGGGCUUUGCGCUGCCGGAGCUGGAGCACAACCUGCAGCUGCUCAUCGACCUCACGGAGCAGGAGAUCAUCCAGAACGACCGGCAGCUGCAGUACGAGCGGGACAUGGUGGUGAACCUCUCGCAUGAGCUGGAGAAGAUGUCGGAGGUGCUGGACCAUGAGGAACGGGCCAUCUCCAACCUCAGCAAAGUCCUGGAGCUGGUGGAGGACUGCGAGCGGCGCAUGCAGCCCGGCUGCAGCCACCCGCUCACCCUGGACGAGUGCGCCCGCAUCUUUGAGACCCUGCAGGACAAGUACUACGAGGAGUACCGCAUGUCCGACCGCGUGAACCUGGCUGUGGCCAUCGUCUACCCGCUCAUGAAGGAGUACUUCAAGGAGUGGGACCCCCUCAAAGACUGCACCUACGGCACGAAGAUCCUCUCCAAGUGGAAGAGCCUCCUGGAGAACGAACAGCUCCUGGCGCACGGCGGCCAGGACCUCUCGGCAGAUGCCUUUCACAGGCUGAUAUGGGAAGACUGGAUGCCUUUUGUUCGAAAAAGCGUCACCCAGUGGCAACCCCGGAUCUGUGAGCCCAUGGUGGACUUCCUGGAUAACUGGGUGCACAUUAUCCCCGUGUGGGUGCUGGACAACAUCCUGGACCAGCUUAUCUUCCCCAAGCUGCAGAAGGAGGUGGAGAACUGGAACCCACUCACGGACACCGUGCCCAUCCACUCCUGGAUCCACCCGUGGCUCCCCCUCAUGCAGGCACGCCUGGAGCCGCUGUACUCCCCCAUCCGCAGCAAGCUGUCCAACGCCCUGCAGAAGUGGCAUCCCAGCGACUCCUCUGCCAAGCUCAUCCUCCAGCCCUGGAAAGACGUCUUCACCCCUGGCUCCUGGGAGGCCUUCAUGGUCAAGAACAUCGUGCCCAAGCUGGGCAUGUGCCUCGGGGAGCUGGUCAUCAACCCCCACCAGCAGCACAUGGAUGCCUUCUACUGGGUCAUGCAGAUUCUGUGUGUAUCGGACACCUCUCCUCACCCCCUGCCCUGUCUCCCAGGUGCCUACAUGCAGCCCGGAGCACGAGAAAACAUCGCCUACCUCACCCACACGGAGCGGAGGAAGGACUUCCAGUACGAGGCCAUGCAGGAGCGGCGGGAGGCCGAGAACAUGGCCCAGAGGGGCAUCGGCGUGGCCGCCAGCUCUGUGCCCAUGAACUUUAAGGACCUCAUUGAGACCAAGGCCGAGGAGCACAACAUCGUCUUCAUGCCUGUCAUCGGGAAGCGACAUGAAGGGAAGCAGCUCUACACCUUCGGCCGCAUCGUCAUCUACAUCGACCGGGGAGUGGUGUUCGUCCAGGGCGAGAAGACCUGGGUGCCCACCUCCCUGCAGAGCCUGAUCGACAUGGCCAAGUAGGCGGAGGCCCGGGGCAGCUGCACACAUUUCUGACUAAAUCUUUU